AUGCAAAUAAAUAUAAUUGAAGAAGUACGUGAUGGACUACAGAAAAAUGUUGCAGAAAUAUCUCGUCGGUUAAAAGAAACAGACGAAGCUAGAGAAACAUUAAAGAAAGAAAUUAUUGAUUUACGUAGAACUCUAGCUGAAACACAACGUGACCGUGAUAGUAAGGAAGAAGCUAAAGAAAAUCUCGUCAGGCGGGUUCAGUCUUUGGAAACGGAACGUGUUGAGCAAAAUAGAGUUUUGACUGACCAACAACAACAAAUCAAUGGUAAUUAA